ACAUUUUGAACAGUUCCCGGGCUCAGAUGUUCUCGUCCGUGGUGUGGUGCAGCGUAAUUUAUAUUAAUUAGAGUACCUGCUAUUUUAAUUUAGCUUGAUCGAGUUAAACACGCGACAAUUAUGCAGAGUGAAGCGGCUACAUUCGUGCGAGACGUCUACUUAGAUUCUACCGAGUCUUCUCUUCAGAUACACCAGUGGACCGAAGGAGACGUCGGUUGCGUGGUGUGGGACGGCGCGCUAGUUUUAGGAAAAUACAUCGAUUGCAGAAACUCCAAAGGCGAGUGGAACGCGCAGCGAACUGUGGUUGAGUUGGGAGCUGGUACGGGUGUCGUCGGCCUCAUCUGUGCACAUUUCGGGAACGAUGUGAUCAUGACAGAUUUGCCUGAGUUUUUGCCACUCAUCACCAAGAACAUUUCCGCAAACAAGGACCUUCUCAAAGGAAAAGCAGAGGCUCGGACCUUAAAAUGGGAAUGCGGUGUGCAGAACUUCCAGACUCCCGAUGUUCUUCUUAUGAGCGAAUGCGUCUACUACGAGAAGUCAGUGGAACCUCUCGUCAAGACCAUGACUGAGCUCUGUGGCCCCCAAACUCAAGUGCUGCUUUCCUACGAAGAUCGAGAGAGCGACGCCAAUGCCGCCGCUCUUGAAAAGUUUUUGCAGGCGUGCCAGGCCAACUUCCUGGUGGCAGACGUUGCUGAAGAGGAGCACCAUCCGGAGUUCACGAGCCACGACAUUCACAUCCUCAGGUUGACACCGAAAGGGCAAUAAAAAGCCGUGAGAACAUUA